AAGACAUUAAUGUUUCUUUUUGUUAUCCCGGGCAAAGUCAAUGGAUGUAUUCAAGUUCGUGGUUUUGAGACCGGGUCAGGAUCGCAAGGUGGUGGGUGCGGUAGGAUGGGAGUGGAGGAAGCGCAGACAGUCGCAUGGAGGCUCCAACUUCGCACAAGCCAACUCUUAACGGUGUUCAAGCUGUGGCCAAUGUGGAGAAGUCGGACCGGGAGAUUUCUAUGAGGCUCGAUUGCAAUAGGAAUCAAGUCGAACGCGCUCACGAUUGAGACGCAAUUGUAGGUCUACGGCAGUGCCUCGGCCGGAAGUGAGGGUGGCAGCCGACAGUUGAAACGCAAAGGACGACGGGAAGGAUGCGAGGCUAAAGCAGCAGAGAGAUGGUUUGGAUCAAUACUCGAGGGUUGUUCCAUGAUCCGAGCCGCAUGCAUCGAAUUGUCUUCGUCAAGGGAGGAACGGGGUUUGUGGAAGAUGCGUGUGAUUGAGUGUAGAGGAAUAUAAGAGUCGAGCGUAGCAGCUUUCGGAGACGAGCGCAGGCAGUUUUGCUUGCUUGCUGCUGCCAGUACAAUCACCGUUGUACUGCUGGCACUUUUACUUGGCCAACAGAUACACACACUGCAACAGCCUGAGGCACAGAGACUGGUGGAUUGGAUUGGAGCAGCCGUCGAAGAAACUCGGUGAGCUGCCACCAAUUUCCAGGUUGAAAAAUGCCAGCUCAUCACCGCCCUCGCAUCCUUGCCAUCUCCUCUUGGAUAGCGUAGUAUCCCUGCCACCCUCAUCGAUCGAACGGUCACUCAUUCUCUCGUCGUCUGCCCAGCUCUCAGACUUAUCUACCAUCAAACAAGCUGAGAUGGAGACAUCGGCACAAGAGGAGGCUGUCGUCUGAAACUUUGCACACACGGCUUGAUGUUGUUUGCUCGGAACCCCACCAUCCUUCUGUUGUCCAUCCACCAUCGCUCAGGAACCAGGUACCAUGUGUCCAGUGACUUGGUCAGUCACUGCGGCUUGUGGUGGUGUUGGCCAUCGGAUUGGCCCAAAUCAACAUUCUCUCUACGAAUCGGACAUCUCAGAUGGCAAGUCCCAUGCCAUACUCCUCCUGGUCGCCUCGCCCCUUGUUCGGAUCCUGAUGGUCUCCGAUGAGCGCCUCAUCCCGCGGGGAGCCAUCCGAGCUGAAGUUUGUACUUCGCCUCCCUAUAUUAUCCCGCUGUCCGGCGGUCAAGGUUCUUAUGGCCCCUCUAUCGGAUCUUGGCUUCUCUGAAGGCAACAAACCAACUGAAAGUGUCAUACCUUAAGAUUGGUGCUGCUAGUUAUGAUCUGCUGUCAGAUCUCUGUGGCUGCUGCAGACAAGAGCUCUGGGUGUCACAGAGAAUGUACUAUCCUGGUAAGAAACGCCCAUGUGACGGAUAAGGGGCUCUUUUUGCCUUUGUUUGUACUGUCCCUUCCAGUGGUUCGGAAUGUGAAUCAGUGAGCCCCUUCGGAAAUGGCGAGCACAGCCCGCACAGCCCGCCGGUGUGGAAUGGUAUGUGAGGAUCCGAUUGUCUACCCUUGUAGACACCACCAUACCGUCUCCUAACCCGCGAGGCUACGACUUCACGGCGUCAACCAUGAACUGGUCCCUGUCACGGAGUGAUCUGGUUGACUCGAAUAGCAACAUGGAGGCAAUGAUCAGGACAAUUAACGGUAAAGACAACCAUCCACAGGAGCUCACUUGCGAAUUGCCACGUAAAAUCCUCGGUGGGCAUUGUGUGUUGCUCGAAGCCAUGAUUGCGUCUACGACUACAUGAGCAGCAUGCUCGAACAUGUCUGUGUCUUGAGGACGACCACGAUCUGUGCCGUCGUUCGGCAGUCUCGAUUGUGGUCACUGCACCCCAUCACGUCAGGGCUGCCCUGCUGCGUAUGUUGCCACCUUAUCCCUGGCUUUACACCUCGAGAUCGGUGGUCUUGAUCGCUUUCAUGGGCCCUGCAUGAGGCUUCAGACUGGGGCUUGCAUACGUCCCUGAACCUGCAGCAGAUACAGCAAACUGCAUAUUCCGAAAGCUACUCAUAUCGACCGGGGUAAAACAGAGGUCACGAUGUUGCUCUCUGUACGAUCUCGAGAAAGCUCUUAAAGCCUGCGAUUUUCCCGUCCAACCUGAUAUCUUUCCUAUCGUUUUGUGCUACUUGGGCCUUCUGUUGCUGAUGUACUAUUAUCUUCCUUGUUUCUGACCGAGCUGAAGACGCGUGUUGCUCGGUUCGUUUUCGAAAGCCUAGACUCCCAGCACUUGCCCAAGCACCCACACUCUCUGGCCGGAGAAUUCAAAGGGAUGGCAUCAACAACGAAAGGAGGUCUGGCCAGGUCUCCACGAGGGGCCAAUCCGGGGUUGUCUCCCCUGGGAGACACCUCAAUUGCUUUAGAUCUCUACCACCACCCAGAACCUUCAGAUUCGUAUGGAACACUUCUUCUGCCUAACAUACCGUCGCCUUCCUUAUGCUUGGACGAAAUGUUUCAGGUGUGGCCUUCAGCAUCCGAAAAAUUGACACCAUCGCCCGCACGCAGAGAGGACCUACCGGCAACCACUCUCGAAACAACAACCGCCGGUCAAUCAUUAUUCCACAGUCUCCUUGACCUGGACAACUAUGGUUCUACACAAGCGUACAAACGGUCUCCGAGCCUGCUGCCGCCAGUUCCGUGCUUGUUGGGACAGAUUAAUUUCAAGCAAAAUCCUACCAGUGUCGACUGUCAGCUCUCAUCACCACCAGCAGUAAGCAGAUGGCGUAUACCAUUGCCCACUAGUGACGGCAGGCCUGACUUUCAUGACGAAGUGAUCUUCCAGACAACAAGAUCCAACUCUCAACUUCAAGAGUGCUUCCCCAAGAUUGAAAGACCCAACACACCGGUUCCUUCGCUGACCCAUUCACGCCAUUCAACGUCUUCGUCCGGCGUAGAAUCAUCACCGCCCAUGUACAACAUUUUCCGAGAUCGUCUCAACACACCAUCAGACAGUUUUCCGUACAUUAUUGACAUGCAAGAAUGCUUUCAAUUCACGUCUUCCGCAGGGAAGCCGUCAGACUCCAUAUUCACCUCGCACAGUCGUGACACCAGUACAACCUUAUCGCCAGCAUCCACUCGCCCUGACGCUUCUCUCGGCCAGGGAAUUCCCACAUAUCAAAACAGACCAGCUGCCGAAUCACUCCCUCCUCGUACUGUUCUGCGGCCCACGCCGGACCCUUCUAUCCUUAUUCCCACGGUGUUGCCGACUCAGGCUGAAGUUUCAUACAUCGAUUGGGAUGACGAUGAAAAUGAUGGCUGUUACCAGCGUUCACGACUUUCCCGGUUGAAGCGGAGUUUCGUCGAGAUGCGCACAGCAGAGCGGUCUAUUCAGGACGCCAAUGCGAGAAAAUUUCUCCGGUCAACCGGACAGAGGACAAAAGAGACCCAAAUUGUCAAGACUUUCAAGAUCGGAGCAAAGACCAAGCAUGUUGUUUCCCCAGCUGCAUCUCAGCGACCGGCACCUGUCCCUUCGCCCGUGCCAAUACUCGGACCUGAUCUUGAACGCUCUACCAGACCACAGCCAUAUGGUUCUGUUAGAGUUCCCACACCCGCAAAAUUGGAGAAGCGUCUGAACAACAAAGAUCGCGUGUCCACCAAGUAUUCACGUCCGCAGACUACUCUCGAUUCUCCCCAUUGUGAUAGCAGUCAUCAAAGGACAAACAGAUCCAAUCCAGACGGUGUCGCACCAAUUGAUGUUUCUGGAGAAGGGGACACCAUGGACAUCAUGAUUGGGACUCCUUGCUUCAAUUCGAUCAUCGCAGAUCCCGGGACCGGGAGAGAUGUCCCGAAUAUGCUCGCAGCAUCGAAGCCUGACGAGACUGAACAGGAAAAUGCCCGGCCAUGCGUGGUAGUCAGAUGGGCCAAGCGAGUUCUUCGGCAUGGAAAGCCGGAAAAAGGCAUCAUGACCACAGUCUGAUCAACAGCAGGGAGGAUGUAUCAUAUCCGGAUCAUAGCGAGGCUGUCAAAGAGCAACCAACCGGCUUCAAACGCUACUGCUACAUUCUCUGGUUGAUGACCCUGUUCAUCAGGAUGGCUCCUCUUAAAAUCUGCCCGGUGCAGUGGUCACUAGAAGACUUUUGUUAGGCUGAACUUGACUUGUAGUAGCGUACAUUAUACAUUAUCCCUGGCCGUCUUUUUGCUUUGAAGGAAUGAACGGAGCGUGCUGGUGUAGUACUAUUGUUUGGGGUGAUCGACCGUUUGACUUUUGAGAAUAUUGACGGCGUGGAAUGGUAUGAAAAUGAUACACGGAAGGUAUAUCGACCGCUUAUGCACUCGUUCACAACGAUGACGGUGGAAAACCCCGACCAGAUUGCAAUUGAUAAUGAGAAGACAUGAGUAAGAUGAGAUGAGACGAGACGAACAGGCGGGCUAACUUCAUGACACAGAUCAGAUUGGUGGAGAGCCAUACAGUAGAUGCGAAUAUAGACGCAGAUGUGCAGUUGUGGAUACUGUUAUUAGCCAUAUCUUCAAGCAUUAACGGACAUGCUGUAUAAUGUCCA